UAAUAGUGCUCUGUCACCGGAACCCUUGUUUCAACUUUUCUUACGUUCCACCCGGAAUGGUUAUUUCGUGGUACAUACUAAAAGCUAUAAAUAGGAGUAAGUGUUCAACAUGGCAGAGACCCACAGCUUGCAGGACAUGAGGCAACAGGCAGCCGUUGCUGCCAAAGUCUUCAUUCAGAGAGAUUAUACCAAAGGCACUGUGUGCCAGUUCCAAACCAAGUUCCCCUCUGAGCUGGAGACCCGGAUUGACAAGCAGCAGUUUGAGGAGACAGUGCGGACACUGAAUAACCUGUAUGCUGAAGCGGAGAAACUGGGAAGCCAGUCAUAUAUUGAAGGUUGUCUGGCCUGCCUCACAGCCUACACCGUCUUCUUGUGUAUGGAGACUCACUAUGAGAAGGUUUUGAAGAAGAUUGCAAAGUACAUUCUGGAGCAGAAUGACAAGAUCUACGCACCACGAGGCCUCCUGAUCACCGAUCCCAUUGAGAGAGGCCUGCGAGUCGUUGAGGUUACUAUCUUUGAAGACAGAAGCCUGACUCGAUAAAAGCUGCCACGCAGCUGUUUGGCUGAGCAGAGGUCAAAGUCUGCCAAGGCCCAGCACCAGUGGCCAGCUCCCUGAGGAACCCCGGACAUCCCCCUAAUACUGCGUCUCUACAAUCUAUCGCUUUCUGCUAAUCAAGUGCAUGUCCCAAUCAGAGUAUAUUUUCCCAUGCAUUAAUCAAGGGCCUGUUACUGUACACACUUGUAUUUGGUUGGAGA